AUGUCCACUGAAACAGACACCAAAACUCAGCAAAAACGCUCUCUGACGGAUGUUGAUAUCGCUGAUUUCAUCAAUUUAGUAUCCAAAAAACGAUUAAAACAAGUUCAAGAAUCCCUUACAACUGAUCAAAUCGCUUCAAUAGGAUUCAGUGCUAGUCAAUUGUAUGAGGCUGUUAGUCGGAUUGUGGAAUAUCCUACAAAGUUCCAAAUCGAUGAUUUCAAACAAUCAACUUCUGAUAAAAGACUGUUGUAUCUAUUACAAAGUCCUGAAGUGCAUUUAGCUCUAGAAUGGAAAUAUCAAUAUGAUUUAGGUAGAUUGGAUAUUUUCAACAAGAUUUUAAAAUUUGAUAAAAAUGAAGGUUUAGAUUUGAAAGAUGAUGAUAUUGUGUCGAAAUUUAUUAAUAAUGCUCAAUAUUUCUUACCAUCAAUUCCUCAAAUUGAAGAUGAAGAAUUAAAGCAAACUUUCCAUGAUGGUGGAGAUUUGAAACUGAACAAUUUAAGCUCAUAUGGUAAAAGUUAUUUCAAAACUAUUGUGGAUAGUUAUCUAAUUCAAAGAUUUAGUGAUCGUGAAAUUAGAGACAUGUCAGUUUAUACAACAAAUCCAAAAAUUGCAACUAAAUGGGCUCAACUUUAUCAAUUACCUCUUAAUGAUGAUAUUCCACCUGCUGAUAUGUUUUUCGCUUAUAUUGGUGCCCUAGCAUCUGAAAUCCCAUAUAAUACUGAUCGGGAUUUGAAAUCUGAGAUUAAAAAUUGGAUGACUAUUAUUUUGGAACCAAUCUUAAUGUGUUUUGAUAAUGCAAAUGAAUUAAAAGUUAAUGGUAAAGAUGAGAUUAGAUCAAGAUUAGGAAAUGUUGAAUUUAGAAACAUUUAUAAAAGUACACAUCCUGAACCUAUCUAUAUUGUUCAAAUUUAUGCUGGUGGUGAAAUUUUGGUUGGUACAAGUAGCUCAAAAUCUUUGGCUGAAGCUGAGGCAAAAGCUUCCACUGCUGCUCUUUAUGAUGCUCCAUUACUUGAUAAAGUUGAAAGAAUCCUUGAUGAUAUUAAAAGAGAAAGUAUGUCAGUUUCUCCUUAUAUUGAACCUCAAGCUUAUAAUAAUGGAGUCACAGGUGCUCCUGUUGGUAUUGCUCCACAACCUGUUCAUCCUCAUCCAAUAUAUCCAGAUUACCAACAACAACAACCACAGCAACAACAACAACCUAAUGGAUACCCAAUGGAACCAACAAACGCUGUUGUCCAACCAAAUUAUAUGACACCUCAAGAUCCAAUGCAAGCAUAUCCACAAACUUUAAUUAAUGAAGAAUAUCAACGUAAAUUACAAGAAGAAAGUGAAUCAGUCUUGGAAGCACCUUCUGUCACAGAUGAAGCUUCAAUUGAUUCAUCAUCAAAGGAAAAAUUAAAUCAAUUGUUAACAAAAAGAAGAAUUGGUCCCGCUGAAUAUAAAACAGCUAAAUUGAAUAAUUCAGAUGUUCAAGUAACUUGUUAUAUUGAAAACAUUCCAAUUGCUAAAGCCGUUUCCACCAACAAGAAAAAAGCUGGUCAAAUUUGUGCACAAUAUAUUUUGAAUUAUCCUGAAUAUUUCCUACAAAGAUUUGCCGGAAGAUAA